GCAAAAACCCAUUUUUUUGCAGCUCCUUGAGAUGUGUAUGAAGAAUUGUGGGCCGAGUUUCCAGUCUCUGAUAGUGAAACGAGAUUUUUGCAAAGAUAGGCUAGUAAAAUUGUUGAAUCCAAAAUUUAACUUACCAGUGGAUUUGCAGGAGAAAAUUUUGACCUUUAUCAUGACCUGGGCCAGGGGGUUUCAGAAUGCUGUGGAUGUGAGUGAAGUCAAGGAGGUUUAUCUGGAGCUUCUCAAGAAAGGAGUUGAAUUUCCAUCCUCAGAGAUCAACAGGAGAACCACUAAGCCUUUGUCUACAAGGAUGUCUUAUAAUUCCUCCCAGAAGUGCGUUUCAAAACCCCUCUCCCCAGCUGCAGUAAUAACACUGAUUCCUGAGCAGGUUGGAAAGCUCUACAGUGAACUGGACGUGGUAAAAAUGAAUGUCAGAGUCAUGUCAGCAAUAUUGAAAGAAAAUGUUCCUGGAGCAGAAAACCCAGAUGAUAUGGCACUGCUACAGAAGCUCUACAAAACAAGUCGGGCAAUGCAAGAUAGAAUUAUGGAAUUGCUAGCAACUGUGGAGAAUGAAGACGUGAUUACUGAACUCAUACAAAUGAAUGAAAAUCUAAAUAAUGUCUUACUGGGACAUGAAAGGUUUUCUAGAAACAGAGUACGCUUCUGGGAGAAUCAGAGAAUCCAGAAUGAAAGUGCAGCAGCCGCUGGCAACCAACCAUCUGCUCCUUCCUGUGAUUUGCUUGACCUUGAGUCAUGUCUUCCUGCUGCUGUGCCAAAGCCUAUGAGAACUGACCUUCCCCAGUCUUCUGAAUUAAAUUAUCCGCCCCAAAGUGUGGAUGCUCCAUAUCCUCAUUCAGCUGUGCCAUCAAUAUACCCUCAAAUAAACUCACUUGGUUUUGCGAAUGCUUCACAGUCUUUAUUCCCAACAGAAGCACAAAGGACAUCCCAGGUGAUCCCAAAUGAUUCAAUGUAUGUCAACGUAAACACAUGUUUAAAUCCAGAGCCCUUGCAUGCAGUAAACCAUUUAAGUAAUGGUACAGGAAAUACACCACCAGGAGACAUAUCAAAAGCCAACCCACAUCCUCCUAAUUAUUAUGAACUAAUGGAAUUUGACCCUUUGGCCCCUUCUGACCCAACCAAACAUAUUUAUGAAGAAAUUGAUCCACACCUCUUCAAAACACAGGUUAACAUCAAGUGCUAGAAGCAGAUGCCAAUAGCAAUAUUUUAUUUAACAAAAUGGUAGAUUCUGAUUGCUUCAAAAUGUGUCAUGUAAAGACAAAAUCUACUCAGUAGGCUGAGAUUUGAGAUAAGUGUUUUAUAAAACUGUUCAAAAUAAGACACUUCAAAUCUAAGGUGUGUAUCCUACACACCCUACCUAGGUACAUUGCAUUGGGUUCAACUCUCACUUCUGCAAUCUUUGGAUCCAAAUCUACAAAACUUUCAUUCUUAUAGCAAGUAUAACACCCAGAAUCUUGCACCCAAAAGUAGAUUACUUUUAUAGAAUUCUUCAAUAAUAAAAGCAAAAUCUUUUCCUAUAGGAAGAACUACACUGGAUAUUGUUGAAUAAUUGAUUGAUAUCUGAUAGAACUGUUUAUGAUCCUAUUCUUGAGUGUUGGAUGGAUGACUAUACCUAUAGAGGCCCAAGUUCAAAUCCAAAAUGUUGAAUAUAAGGAGAGAUCUAGCUAUUAAUUAAACCCUGCAGUCAGAUUUCCCAGCAGGAUGCUUGGUAGGAGAGACCUUACAGUUUGUCUUUAAUGUCGGUCUUUGGUGAAAAAUAAUCACUACUAGGAGGUUGAAGUUAGAUUUCCUUGAAGUACAUAUCCUAUUCUUUAGAUAGUUAGCCAUUCUAACACUUUUCUCAGUUAUGGAAUGCACUUUAAAAGCAAAAGAAAGUAUGCACGAGCCACUGCAAAACAGAGCAUAUGAAUCUGUAGCAAUUGCGACAUGCUGUAGUAGCAGGUCUUGUUCCACAUUGUCUUAAUGCAGUUUUAUCUGUUUUCCUGGAUUAUUUCAUUCUCUCUUAACAAUGAAGCUAAAUAUGUAUGAAACAGUAGUUUUCCUAAGUUAUGGAGGGUUGCAUUGGGACCUGCUCCAAAAAAAGCACUGCCAGAAUGCAUGGGCCCAGCAAAGUAUAAAACAUGCAUUGUGGGGUAUUUGGAAUGAUUUUUAUUAUAUUCACAUUGUUACUUUCUAUUAUUCCCAACAAAUCAGGAUAUCUUGAAUAACACUUACUUGGUCAUGAGAUCAUAUAAAUGUGUGAUUGAAAUAAGUGCCUUUUCACUAUACUUUCCCAGAUCUAGUGUUCAAACCUUUAAUAAAUUAGUACCCUUUAAAUUAGUCUUGAGUGAUAUGUAUAGCAUCAUUUGUUUUACAAUGUAUUAACAUACAAUCCAAGUAAAGAAUCUGGAAUGGAAAACUGAAUUAAAUUAGAACACAAAUGCUCUCAAAUGUUUUUGUAUGGUUAGCUUGUUUUUUAAGUAAAGUUUCGUGAUGCAUCAGAUCCACUCUACCAGAUUUGCUUUGUACUGUUGUGGGAUCUUCCAUAAAUAUUAAGGAGAUGCAUAGGGAAGAGCAGGGAAAACACAAAAGUAACAAAUGUUAUUUUCUGGGCAAAUGAGCUUUACAACAACAUUGUUAAACCUAUAAAGAUUUUAUAUGGGGGGAAAGGAAAUCUUCCACCCCUCUUUUUUCCAUUGAUUUCCACCACACAGUAGAAUUUGGGAUAAACAAAUCAUUUUACAUUUGUAAUGUAGUAUAUUUUAGAUAUUGUUUGACACCAUUUUCAUACUACUAUACCCUAAGAGUGAUAUUAAUUUCUUUUGGGAAAGCAGUUUGUCAAGUUGUUCAAGGCAGGGAUCUAAUCAGAUUUACUGAAGUUAAAAUCCCAUGUUAAUGGAAUCAUUUUCUCAACCCACCUACCUCUAAAAACAGAUCUAUUUAGGAGGAAAACAGCACCAUCUUCCACACUGAAAAUAUGGUGCAACAUAUUUAAUAUGGUUAUUGGAUUUUAAUCCAUUUUCUGAGUUUGUAGACUGGAUUUGUGCAACAUGCUAAGGGUACCCUAAACUUAGCAUGCUAUACAGAUACAGCUAUUCAAACCUUUAUUGACCUCGUUAUGUGUUACCAAAGUAAUAAUGAAAAUAGAAAGAAAAGAAUCAAAGUAUAAUUGUAUUAUCCUGAAGAACUCAAGAGGAAAGGUUUAAGUGGGGAUACUUAUGGGAUGCAUAAAAGCAGCAUUUUUUUAAAAAAAAGUUGUUUUUAUUAGUUAUUCUUCAUUUAUUUUGGCUUGUGGGUAACUCAUGAAAAAUGAGAAUGUAGCUUUUAGCAUAAAAAGCUGCUGCACAGAAUGACUGAGUUUUAACACAAUACACUGAAUAAUAGUGCACACUUAUUUAAAACAGCGUACAAAACUUACCAGAUUUGUGCUGCUUCUGAUUUAAGGUAGGCAAGUAAAGUCAAAUCUAGUAUUUAUUACUUUACUGAUUUACUUAUUACUUUAUUAGGCAGACAUCAGAUCUCCAAAAAUAAAUUAUUUACUAUUUCCCCUUUGACACAUUAAUCUAGUAAGUAACAUUUUAGAUAACUCUGGAAUGGAAAUU